AUGGCAUCCAUCUCAGCCCUUUACAUCAUUGGACUUGGAUCACAAUACCCUCAUUAUAUUCUGGCGCCAGAAAAAAUUGAUGAAUUUGCGGAACGCUUUAGCGAUGUCAGCAGUCCAGGAGUUAAAAAGCUGCUUCAAAUAAACCGUUUAACAGGCAUCGAAACUCGAUCAGCAAUUCAUUCUUAUGAAGAUGGGUUUGCUACCCAAGAAGAGCGACCUUCAGUCCGGGAUCUUGAUCAGUUCUUUCGACAAGCCGGGGUCGAUCUCGCUGUUCAGGCAUGUCAGAAGGCUCUCCAAGAAGCUCACAUCAUCCCCGAGCAGAUCACUCAUACCGUUGGAGUGACCUGUACCAACCAUGGCAGUCCUGGGUAUGAUCUACUUGUAGUUCAACAACUAGGCUUGUCACCCCAGGUCGAUCGCAUGCUUCUACAGGGCGUUGGAUGUGCAGGCGGGCUCUCUAUCAUGCGCGCUGCAGCACAAAUAGCCAGCGGGGCCAGUCUGCAGAGAAAGGCGGCUCGGAUUCUUGCCUUUGCCUGUGAGCUUUGUACGCCUAACUUCCGGAAUGAGCUGGCAUAUGCAGAGAAAUGUGCAGAUCCGGAUCAGGUUUGCAUUGCUGGGGCUUUAUUUUCGGAUGCUGCCGCUGCAUUUAUUCUUUGUAAUGAGUAUGCGAUGGCAAAGGACGAGAAUGUCACACCUGUGUUUGAACUGGUUGAGUGGGGGACGAGUUUUAUUCCUGAUACGAUUGAGCAUUUGUCUUUCUAUGUGGGUACAGAUGGUUAUCAAACUGUUCUCUCUCGCGACGUUUCUACCUACGCAAUGAAUGCUAUCAAACCAAUGUUUGAGAGACUUCUCCUACCCUACAAGGAGAAAAUUAGUCCUGGACCAGGAGCUGGAGGCGAAGAAUUGCAAAUAUCGUUAGGAGCUGGUGAUUUUGACUGGGCUUUGCAUCCCGGCGGACAAACUAUUAUCGAAGGGGCUCAACAGGUUCUACAAUUAAGGGACGAUCAACUGCAAGCAAGUCGCGAAAUUUACCGCACGCGAGGAAACUCAUCCAGUGCAACUGUUUUGAUUGUUCUGGAUCGACUUCGUACAUUGGGUAAGAAGGAGCACAUUGUUGCGACUUCGUUUGGCCCAGGAAUGACAAUUGAGAUGGCAAUGCUGAGAAGAUGUGAGACACCUGAAUAG